AUGUUUAGUCAUAUAUAUAUUCUAUUUUGGUUCUUUCGCCCUCAUUUCUCUCUCUCUCUCUCUCUCUCUCUCUCUCUCUCUCUCUCUCUCUCUCUACACACACACACACACAUGAUGUCUAUUCAUAUCUAUCUUUCUACCUAUUCGCUUUCUAAUCUCAGCCAUAUUUAUCUAUCUAUAUCUAUCUAUAUAUCUAUACCAUUCUAUUCAUAUCUAUCUAUCUAUCUAUCUAUCUAUCUAUCUAUCUAUCUAUUCCUUUUUGGUUAUCUACCUAAGUGUUUUCAUAUCUAUCUCCGUCUGCUCAUAUCUAUCUAUCUAUCUAUCUAUCUAUCUAUCUAUCUGUCUGUUUGUUUGAUUGUUCAGUUUGCUCAUACCUAUCUGUCUCACUCUGUUCAUAUCUAUUUAUCAAUUCCUUCCUUCUAUCUAUCUAUCUAUCUCUUCCUUUCUGUUAAUUUAUCUAUCUAUACCUUCCUUUCUGUUUAUCUAUCUAUCAAUCUAUCUAUCUACCUUUCUAUCUUAAUCUAUUCAUACCUAUAUAUCUCAAUUUUCUCUUUAUACCCAUCUAUCUAUCUAUCUAUCUAUCUAUCUAAAAGACUGUCAUCUUCCUUCUGCUAUAAUUCCGCCAAACUGACAUCCUCAAAAACACGCCGCUUAUAUCAUUUUUCUCUCUAUUUCUGGUCUCUAUCUCUCUUUCCGGUCUUUCUGUUUUACUCUCUCUCUCUCCCUCUCUCCCUCUCUCUCUCUCUCUCUCUCUCUCUCUGUUCUAUUUCGGGUCAUUCGUUCUCUUUUUCUGGUUACUCUUCCUCUCUCUUUCUGUUCUCCCCCUCUCUUCGUCUCGCUCCGUCUCCCAAUGUUCGAUUUUUUCUCGCUCUUUCACUCUCUCUCUCUCUCUCUCUCUCUCUCUCUCUCUCUCUCUCUCUCUCUUUGGUCUCUUUCUCUUUUUCUAGUUUUUCUCUCCCUUCACUCCUCUUUCUCUCUCUCUCUCGCUCUGUCACACACACACAAAAACUCUUCCUCUCUCUAUCUCUUUCUGGUCUUUCUUUCUGCUCUCUCUCUCUCUCUCUCUCUCUCUCUCUCUCUCUCUCUCUCUCUCUCAGGUCCCUCCUGGUAUUUCUCGGUCUCUUUCUGGUCUCUCUCCAUUCCUUCCUCUUUCUGUCUUUUUUUCUUUCUUUCCUUCUUUCUUUCUUUUUUUCUUUCUUUCUUUCUUUCUCUCCCUCUCUCUCUCUGUCACACACACACACACACAUACAGACACACACACACACACCCUUCCUCCCUCUCUCUCUCUCUUUCUGGUCUUUCUCUUUCUGGUCUUUCUUUCUGCCCUCUCUCUCUCUCUCUCUUCUCUCUCUCUCUCUCUCUUUCUCGCUUUCUUUCUCUAGUUUCUUUCUCCCUUUCUGCUAUCUCUCUCUCUCUCCCUUCCCUUCCUCUUUUUGUCUUUAUCUCCCUCUCUGGCCAGUUUGUCUCUCUAUCUUUCUGUUUUCUCUCCCACCGUCUCUCUCCCCCUCUCUCUCUCUCUUUCUGGUAUCACUCUCCUUCAUCUCUCUUCUUUCUCUCGAGUGGGUUAUAAUAUUCUUAUACUUAUCUAUGAAGGUAUUACCCUCCCCUAUUAUGUCUGUUUUUUUAAUUUAUUUGGUACUCGUGUAG